AUCAUGAGGGGCCCAGAAGAGAAAGAUAGCUUCAUACAAGAAGAUAAUCUUAAGGAUGUUGCGCAAAAAGAACCCAGUAUUCUUGGGACUAUCCAGAUACUAUGUUGCCUGAUGAUUUCCAGUUUGGGGGCGAUUAUGGUUUCUGCUCCCUACCCUCCCUACUUCAACACAGCAGUUUCCAUCAUUUUGAUGUCUGGGUACCCAUUUGCUGGAGCUCUGUGUUUUGGCAUUACUGGAGCCCUCUCAAUUAUCUUUGGAAAAAAAUCAACCAAGACCUUUGUCUUGAUCUUAAAUCUUAUUAGCGCUGUUGUAGCUGGGAUCGGUCUCUUCCUCCUUGCCGCUACCCUGAAAGCCCUGAAGACGGCCUCUAAGCAAUGUGACUCCGGAAAUGACUCUCUAGCCUCAUUGCCGAAUAUUUCGAAUAUUCCAUACCAUUAUUCAGCCUACAAAGCCAAGGACUGCCUCCUGACGGGGUCCAGCCUCACUACUGUGCUGGUGGUGAUGUUCCUCUUCACUGUCCUGGAGCUCCUCCUAGCUGCAUAUGCCUCUGUGAUUUUGUGGAAACAGAACUGCUCCAAGAACCUGGGGAGUGAAUUUUCUUUGCCUCAAUCACAAGAUCUUAUCCAGCAUGUCAAAAAGACUUCUUCAAGCCCAUAGAUUGAGUCUGAGUAGCUCUUUGUCUUUCAGGAGAAAGGAGUGGAUCAAAGCUCUACUUGCAAAACAUAAACUUUUCUGCUAUUUCAACUACUUGAGUCAUUCUGAAAGAAAUAAAAAAGUAUCUUCUGUUUUAUACUUGCUCACUAUACCCUUUGAAAUAAUUUCCCCAAAUCCCCGGUGAGUAUAAUUUAAUUAACCAAACUUCAAAAAUGGCCAUGAUCUUGGUAGGCUUCACCAGAUAAACUGAACUGGACGCGAUUCAUCUGUAUCUAAAGAUGAAGAGAAAAUGAACACUGCUGUGUGAGUGUGAUACAUCAUGUGUAUAUGUCAACACCAGUUUU